UUCUACGCCUUUGCUCCAAUGGCGGAAAUAAAGAGAGAGAAAACAAUUCACUUUCCUUUCUCUCUCAUCCUAUGAAAGCUGCUGCACCGCCAUUGCCUUACACACUCUAAACCUCUUCAAUUUCUUCUUCACUCUUCUGGGUUUCGUCUUCUUCAUCCAAUUUGCCCAUUUAAACUUCUGGGUUCUUCCAAUUCCUUCUCAUCUUCUCUCUAAUGGAGAAGAAACCCAGCUUCUUCUCUGUUCUGAAAGAGGAGGUCAUUCGUGGCCUUUCGCCGUCGCGUUCUCGCGCCAAAAACCCGGCCAGAACUGCCUCGCCAUUCUCUAAUCUAAUGCGUAGAAAGAAGAAUCACUACGGCGGCUAUGGCGGGACUCAGCAGCAGUUAAUUGAUCGAUCCGGUAGUUUUCGGCCAGUGGGGGAGGCGCUUACGCCGUUGGUUGAGGGUCCUGAUCCCGACGGCGGCGAAAUUGGCGAUUCGAAGAGAAUCAGUUUAGGGUUAGGGCAAUGGAUGAAAGGGCAAAUUUCUCGAACUCCUUCCAUUGCUUCUUCCAUAGCGAAUAAGAGGUCCGAUUUGAGGCUUUUGGUUGGUGUUAUGGGUGCUCCUCUUGCUCCUAUGCAUGUUAGCACCUCCGAUCCUCUGCCCCAUCUCAGUAUAAAAGAUACCCCCAUUGAAACUUCAUCAGCUCAGUACAUAUUGCAGCAAUACACAGCAGCUUCUGGUGGGGAGAAGCUUCAAAGCUCCAUUAGAAAUGCAUAUGCAAUGGGGAAGCUUAGAAUGGUAGCUGCUGAGUUUGAAACUGCUACAAAGGUAACGAAGAACAGAAAUCCCUCAACCCAAGCCGAACCGGGUGGCUUCGUGCUAUGGCAGAUGAAUCCAGAUAUGUGGUAUGUUGAGCUUGCUGUUGGAGGUAGUAAAGUUCAUGCUGGCUGCAAUGGGAAACUGGUUUGGAGGCACACGCCAUGGCUUGGGGCUCACACUGCGAAAGGGCCGGUUCGACCUCUACGCCGUGUGCUUCAGGGUCUUGAUCCUAGAACAAUAGCCAGGAUGUUUGCUGAUGCAAGAUGCAUUGGGGAGAAGACAAUGAAUGGUGAGGAUUGCUUCAUUCUCAAGCUCUGUGCCGAUGCUCAAACGUUGAAGUCGAGAAGCGAAGGACCGGCCGAAAUCAUACGACAUGUCUUGUUUGGCUACUUCAGCCAGAAAACAGGAUUGCUGGUGUACAUGGAAGAUUCUCAUCUGACCCGGAUUCAGUCCAACGGUGGCGAUGCAGUAUAUUGGGAAACCACAAUCAAUUCGUUCCUUGACGAUUACAGGCCCGUUGAAGGUAUCAUGAUAGCGCACGCUGGCCGCUCCGUGGUCACCCUCUUCAGGUUCGGCGAGAUGGCCAUGAGUCAUUCGAAAACGAAGAUGGAAGAAGCCUGGACGAUCGAAGAGGUUGCGUUCAACAUCCCGGGCCUGUCGAUGGACUGUUUCAUUCCCCCAGCUGACUUGAGAUCAUGUUCCAUCAGUGAAGUCAGUGAGCUCCCUCAGGAUGGAAGGGAAAGAAGUGCAAUUGCGUUAGCAGCCUACCGAGCUAAAGUUUCGGCACUGGAAAACCCCGACAACGACAGUUUCGAUAACAUGUUAUGGAAGUCAGAAUUCUAACCACGGGAAGAGUAUGCAUUUAGAUCAGUUGUUUAUAAUCUUAGGAAGCUUAUAGAUAUCUUUACAAGUCAUGUCAUGCCUCUGUUAAUCUGUAAAUAGAGAUAAAAUUCACGGGCUUCAAAAACAAGCCAGCCUGAAUGAAUCUUUAUACUCGGUAGCAGAAUCCAACAAUGGCGUUGGAGCUCGGGUUUCCAGUUCGGGAUAGAGCGAAUGGAGGUCCAUUUUUUUCGGUUCACAUUCGAUGCAAACUUAGGGAUGGAACAACAGCCUUUUACCCUUAUUUAAUCUUUACUAAUUUGCUUCCCGAAACGAAAACACUGUUCGUGGGAACGUUGAGGAAACACCCACCUGCUCGGUCGAGAUCGACACACCCGAAGUCCCGUUACUGAAUCCCUUCCAUUGCUGUUUCUGUGUUAUUAUUGUAAUGAUUUUGUUAAGUUUAGGGAGCAGAGGGUGCAGCUUUAAGAGGCAAUGUCUGAUAAUGUUCAAGAUGUUUAGAAUAUCAGUGUUUUCUGACCCUUUUGUUCUUUAAA